GCAGUUCUUCUCCUCCGCUUCAGAAAACAUACACAGAGACGACCUUCAUCAUGCCUGCGUGUCUGCGUGCACAGAUCUUCCUCUUCCUCAUCUCCCUCACAUCACGGAUUGGAUUCAGCCGCUACAUUGAGGUGAGAGUCUGCUUAGUGGAUCAAUAAUCCCACUUUGCUUCAGUUUAUCAAGGUGUCGUUAAAGUUUUAGCCUGUACUGUACGGAAGCUAACAUUUGACUUUAUCAAAAUUCUCAUCAUCAGGACAUCGAGGCUUCAGACGGAUUAUUUUCUCUGCUCAGUCUGGACCAGAAGAGAGAAACAGGGGACUUUGUUUUCCGUCGACCUCUCAGUAAGUGCAGCUUUAAAGAAAGACACUCUCACCUCACUAAUACAAGGUCAACAAUUCUUAUGAAAAACGUGAUGAAGUUUUUUUUAGCCCACAAAGUAAGACUAACAGGCUGUGAAAUGUCAGAAAUCAAUGCAUGGGGAUUUUUCACAUCUAUGAGAACAGAAACUUGUAGAUGAAUUUUCUGUUUAUGAGCACAAAUGACAAGUUCAACACUCAGCACUUCACAUGUUUAUCCACACAUGAGGACUUAACUGAAUAUAAUCGGUCUUGACAGUGCAGAAAGACCUCUUUUAAUCAGUGGGGAACUUUUGUUUACACAAAACACACUUGGAGUAAUUCUUUGGACAUAAGUGUGUCUUUUUCCAAGAGUGAAUACUUUUUUUUUUUUUCUUAAACUUCCAUAUAUUUUACUGAUGCAACCUUUCCAACCUGGUGAUGAACAUUUUUUCUUAGGGAAAAACAAAGCUCAUAUUGUUUCAGUGCAACUGUCCCUCUGAGUUAAGUCAUUCAUUUGUAAAUAAAGGCUAUUAAGGUGGGUCAUUUUUGACAGGCAGCAUAAAAUACCUGAAGUUAAAGUGCUUUUGAAAAACUUUCGCGAAGGAUAUUAAAAAACAAUUGAAUAAAAUAAAUAAAAAUACAAAUCCCAAACCCCUACCACCCUCCCAACCCCCAUUCAACACAUACAGCACUCACACACACCGAUGCAUACACAAAAGAUCAGGACUCAUCAACUUGCCUCAGAUGACUGAGGAUGACUGAGGAUGACUUUAGAUUCGUAUGUUUUUUCUAAGGGUGUUUGGACAUGCUUGCCACUGAGGGCCAGUUCACCUUUGUCACGUCUCAACCCGAGCUGGCCUGCGCCGUUUUCAUCAUCGCCGAGCCCAGUGAGGUCAUCAGCCUGGAGCUGUCUGACGUCAACAUCGACUGCAGCGCCGGGGACUUCAUCAAGGUUGGCUCCACUCACUGAAAACAACACCCACACUCCCUCAACCCCCUCUGCAAGUGGGAGAGACAGGAAGUUGAACCCCUGAAUUCUGUUUUAUCUUCUUGUGUUGAUUAGAAUAGUGCCAAACACAGUUAAGGCGGCAUUUAAGGGCCAAACACCCCACUGGAUUGUCUCAGCAUUGGUCACAUUUCCCAGAGCAAGUGUGGGAAGAAGAGGCUUUGGUUCUGAAGCCAAGCCUGCCAAUGACUUCCAUGUUUUGAGCCGUGUGGGCCAGAGUGGGGAUGGGAAUAGCAGAGAGAAAGAAUGAGUUGACUUUAUCGUAAUAACUCAUUUUACAGGUUUGUUAAAUCUAACCUGCUCAGAUCAGUCCCUUCAAAGAUGCUGAACAAAUGAAACUGCUCAUCGCUCAGUUUUUUAACACGCUGUCUGAAUUAAUGAGAUUUACAGGAUAUUUAUAGGAAGUUAUGUCGGAUUAUAGUUUUAAUUAACAAGGAUCCAUCACACAGCAGUAUAGAUGCUGCUGUAAAUCAUAUUAAGCUCAUACUCUGAGAAAGAACACCUAAAUAUACCAUAAAAUUCUUAUAUGCACCAAUGCCUUGCCCAAGAGUAACAAAUAAAGAAGUACCCCUAUAUCAUAGUGGAGCCUCAGAGUUUGUCAUAUACUGGAAAACGAGCAUGUUGAUGAAUCAUCCUGCACUCAGAGGCAUAUUCUAAUUCAGCGUCUAAUUUAGUGUCGCAAAUUUUUCUGAUUUUACCCAUGACACACAGGGGUUUAGAGCUCGCUACUAACUAUAGUUUGUCACUGUGUUUGGGUUAAAUGUCUGAUAUUCAGCUCCACUGGUUAACACUGAUGUUAAUCGAAUAAGAUCGAACUCAAUUGAACCCUGUAAGAAAAUCCAAAGCUGCUUUGUUCCAAAAUUACAAUGUAAUAAUUUGUACAACUCAACGCAGCAUUAAAUGUGAGUGAAAUAUGAAAUAGAAAGUGUGUAAGGGUGAAUUGCAAAAAGACAUACCCCUGAAAUAACAUGAAAUACAGAAAAGAAAGCUGCAGUAGUAUUGGAAUGGAGUAGAAAACUUAAACUGAACCAGAUAAUGAAGGUAACUUGUAAACAUCAUGAUUAUAGAAAAUGAGCUGAAUAAAAGCAUCCAACACCUUUCUUGUUUUUAUUUUUAAAGAAACUCACAGUUUUGACGACUCAAAAAGACAAACUGCUUUUCACUUUAGACUGACUAAAACAUGUUGUGAACCUUUUUUAGCUGUAUUUUCCCUUCUUUUGAAUAUUUUUGUUAUUAUUUUCCUUGCAGGUAAACUUUAUCAGUCAAAAUGAGACAUUUUUUCUUAAAAAAUUAGCCACCAUUUAGCUUUUCUAUUGCUACUAGCCACUUUUCUAAGUUUUAAAACAUUGCUUUUAACAGCUGUGUUUACAUGUGCAGUUUGUUUUACAACCAGGUUAAAAUCAUUCUGAUUAGAGAUCCCAGCUUCACAGUUUUUAUGAACACUAACUAAAGUGAUCGGGUUUAAAUGUUUGUGUGUUUGUUUCAAGUAUUUAAUGUGAAUAAAACUAUUAUGGUAUGUGUCAAAAAGGCAGAAAAUACAAUUUUCCCCAUCUGCUCUUGUUGACAAGGAUCCCACCGUUCAUAAUGUGUUAAAAUUAAUCCUAAAAGAGAAAAACACAGCUGCUGCUCACCCCUGCGUAUCAAUGUCAGGUUUGUGUGUGAAUGAAUCCCUUUUGGCUCCUAACUUUUCCGUUGUUUCCCCUGAAGAGAUCAGGAACUAUGUGACUGUAAACAUUGGGUAAGGGAAACCAUGAAUGAAAACACAGAGGAAAGAUUUCCUUGUGUUGAUUGUAUAUUUUAAAGAUAAAAGCCUGCAUACUUGACUUCAUAUCAUGUAUCUUUAUCCUUCAGAUCUUCGACGGCUGGGUUCUGAAAGGAGAGAAAUUUCCCAGCAGACAGGACCACCCGCUUCCUCUGCAUCAGCGCUACACAGACUUCUGCUCCUCCAGAGGACAAGGAGCCACCAGCCGCUCCUCGCAGAACGUCGCCAUGGUCUUUUUCCGCAUCAACAACGCUGACAGCAGCUUCACUCUCACUGUCCAAAAGUUACACAACCCUUUCCGUGAGUCCACAUCCUUGUCACCUGAGAGCUGCAAAAAUCUAAGUAAAAUCAAAUGAAAACAGGGACCAAGGCCUGUCGUCUAAAUUAUUGUGUUUUAAAGUGAGUGACAGACCAGUGUGCAUGCAUGUGUGCGUUUCUUGUCAUUUGCACCUGGUCUAGCAUGAAUCAGCGACAGGUUGAGAUGAAAUGAGGGGGAUGCGCUGCUUUUUCAGCUGCUUGACAAAGAUGCUCUUUACAUAACACAAUCACACAGCAACACAGUGAGGCCCCUGAGACAAAGACAGACACAGACAAGGCACAGCCACAGAAAAAAGGAGAGUUUGAAUAGAUCAUCUGAAAGAAAACAACAUAAAUCACAGGCCAGUGUGAGGUUUAUUCAAAUAUUGACUGAGCUGCACCUGCUGGCUGUUUACCACAUAAACAGAUGGAGAUCCCUGUGCAUGCAGUGACACACGAUAAACAUAAAUAAGCAACAAACAUCCUGAGAAAUGAAGUUUUAGACAAGACAAUUAAAGUAUAGCUCUCUUUUAGCAACAGUCCACUUUGAAUAAGCUGUAACGCAGUGGGAAGAAGAGUGAAAACAGAUCACUUUUAUUCUUCCUGCCCUACAGGAAUUCAUGGUACAUACAUACUAAACACACUAAUUAAAAGUCAUAGAUCCAAUCUUAAAAUGUUGAAAAUUUGUUAAACAAAGAACGCUCCAUGAUGUUAACCCUCUCAUCAGCUUUGAUCGGCACGCUCCUUUUCCUGAAAUACGACUCCUAAUGAACAACAUGCCCUCACGACUAAAGUGUUCCGACUCCUGUUGGUGUCUGUCUAGUCUACCAUACUGUUAUCAAUUCAAAUUUCAUUAUUUUCUUAUCUCUGUCAUCAGAACUGCGAUUGGAUUUCCAUGCUCAGCCUUAAUUGUGUCCCCUCCCCGCAGUCAGCCUUGAUUAUGUCCAAUUUGUGACAUGAGGUGUCAGUAAUGAGUUUCUCUGCUGAUGGGGAACAGUUAAUUCAAAUCCUCUCCCCCUGUGUGUUUAUGUGUGUGUGUUUGUGCGUGCGUAUGUGUGUGGGUUUAGCCUGUAACAUUAUGUCCCAGAGUCCAGAGGGCAGCUUUACCAUGGUGAUGCCACACCAGCGUAGGAACUGCAGUUUCUCCAUCAUCUACCCCGUGGAGAUCCGACUGACAGAGCUGAGCCUGGGGCAGGCCAAAAGCAAUGAGCUCAGCCCACAGGUGAGACACUUAAACACCCCCGUUUUUCUAAGAAAAGAACCCUUUACUGUUUAAUUCAAGUCCUCUUUCAUUCAAUGAAUGCAUAUUGUACUUUAAAGGGACAGCUAACCCCAGUUUGACCAUAUUGACCCCAAACUAAGAGAUUUUGACAGACUGAGUAAGGCUAUAGAAGAAGUAGAGCUGAGGUGUCUUAGUGUCUUUAUCUACUCUUACAAAUCUAGAUUAGUUUCAGAUUAGAAUUAUAAUCAGUCAGCCUCUUUUUAAAGCUGUUUACCAAAACAUGAACUCUAAUCAGAGCAGAAACUGUUCCAGACCUCUUAAACGCUGCCAGAACCUCUGAUUUGUUUUGGCAAAUCACAAAGGGCUGCUGCGGUGCUCUGUUACGCCUGUUUUCCCCUGUUACAUAUUUUCAAAAAGACUAAUCAGGUCAUUUAGUAAUCAGUAAUCAGUAAUAGGCAUGGUUACAAAUAGGAUGUCAUGCACAUAUAUUUUUAACCACCUAACUAGACACAUGAAAGGAUGAUUGUGGCUUUGCUGAGCGCUUUAAGUUGCAGUAACUAAGCCGAACAAAGUAACAUGAAGGUUUGAUUGUUGUGUUGAAGUUUCUGUAUCAGUCUGACCAUAACUGAUGUACAAUCACAGGUUUUUAUCCAGUCUGAAAUCUAAAAUGCCUCUCAAAGGACUAAAGUCAAGAAGUUAUUUUUGCUAGAGCAGUUUUUUGGGAUGUGAGAGUUACAUUAGCUGAGCUUUUUAAUCAAUGAUUUCAGAACUUAGAGGCACUCAGGCAUUUUUAACUUAAUUAAAAUAUAGCUGCUCUUAUACUGAUGCCCUUCAUGUUAAAUGAAGUCAUGAGCAAGAAGACCGAUCACUGAAAUCGAGUGAAAUUUUCAAACAAAGGAGCUUAACUGUUUGCAUAACAGUCAGACAUUUACUGCGGCACUGGAGCAAACAUGAUCAAGGGCUUUGACAGGAAGCAUUGAACUGGUACAUGUUGGUACCUUUUGGAAGCUAACUAAUGGUGAUUGUGAAGGUUUUCAUUCUGGUUGAUCCAUAUGGGUCACCAGAACCAACACAACAUAAAACUACCCACAGUGGCUUUAAAACAAACUCUGCGAAACUCUAUGAAACUGAUCAAUCAUUAUAACUUUUUUUAAAUACCAUAACAUGAGAGGAAUCUAGACACUGUGGAUAUCUAUGAUCAUGUUACGAGAGAUGACAAAGGGGAGCCCAGAGAUUCAGCCGAACCCUCAUAGUCCUCAUGAACUUUUUACCUGAAGUCUGGUAAAUACACAACUUUUCUUGUUUAAACAAAUCCAAGUUUCAAUCUUUCCCAUCACUUGGAUAUCGUAGAAAUAGCAGACUGAAAAACAACAGUAGUGAAUUCCUGAAAGUUUUGUCAUGGAAAAUUAUUCGAGGUUGUGAAGGCUGGUCCAGCAUCAAUGUUUCAUUUGGCAAACAGUUAGCAGACCCGUGUGGAUGUUUCCCGCUUGACAGGUGCAUCACAGGCUGAUUAGAAUUACAGGAAAAUGUCUCAUGAGGAAAAGCGAUAACACUUGUGCAUUUGCCCGAUGGCUAUGUAGGGGGUGCAAUGAGUCACCCUAGUGUACAAAGUAGAGCACUAAAGGUAAAAGUUUCCAGAAUGUCCAAUCAUUAAGGUCAAUUAGGCAAUAUCAUCCCAGCAGAAAUACUUUUGUUCUGAUUGUUUGCAUAUCUGCACCAUCAGGUUUGGGCAUAAAGCCACAGGCUCGAGGAUAAACACAGCCGUGCUGAUUUUUAGGACAACAACCUCAAGUGUGAUACAGUCUUUAAACAACAGUUGUUGCAAAAAUAAUGACAAAAUUUAUUCAGUAUGAUCUUCAACAUAACCAGUUCUGCAACUAAUCCAGAUUUUCACACACCAGCUGUUUUGUUCUGAGUUUAUUUUUUGUGUAUUUCAAUCUAUCAUACAACUUGUGAAUUAAGAGUCUAUAAGCAGAGGUUUUGGUGCUCAUGAAAUCCCAGGUACGGGUUGUAAUGUUUACACAUGGUACUGAGAGCACCUGAACAACAAUUCAAAUCCUGUAGAUAAAAAGAUUUAUAUACUUAAAGACUGACACUUGUCUAAUCGUAAUAUUAAUAAUCGUAAUAAUUCUGUGAAUGAAACUCACUUCAAAGGUAAGGAAGAGAGGUUUCAAGUGAAAGCAGAAGAGUGGGAAGACUUUCAGCUUGUUGAGAUUUUAGAGGAACUCCUUAUUGUUGACAUGGAUGUACCAGGAGCACUAAGCUUUGAGAGAGACAGAUAUUUUUGUCUGGAGCCAGAGGAGCCCAAAACAAAGGUUGCAUAGAAGCUUUACUACAUCUGAUUAAUUUAUCACUUUAAAAGUCACCACAGUGAUGUGUUUUACAAUCUUAAAAGGGAUAUUGUUUCAGACUGAACACAACUACUCAUAAACACGUUUUCUUCAAACUGUUACUUCACAUUAUUUUGUGUAUUAUAUAUUCUGUGUGGUGGGCCUGAUAUGAAAAGUGAAUGAGGCUGAAGGCAAUUACAAAACUGUAUUGGUAUUAAUAAAAGCUAAUACAGCUAACAGUUUAAAGCUUACACGUCAGAGGACGUUACAUAUUCAAUGUAUCGUGUUUGAACAGCUGCAAAAUAGGACUUACAACGAGUUUGAAAACAGAUCAAAGGAAACAUGAUCAGGAUAAUAUUUAAAAUAUGAAAAUCCUCUCAAAAUACUGUUAACAACUAAAACCUGUUUAUUAACUUUCAUUGAGAAACAUCAAAUGAAAUCAAACUCUCUGUUAGUUAAAGAAAAGCAGGAAUUGAGUUAAUCAUGUUGAUGAAAGACAGAAGAAACCACAGAGACUCCUGAGGAUGUUGGCAGUGAGGGUCACUCUGGCUGCCAGACGCUGACAUUAUGUAAAAACUGUAAGAACUAGGCCAAAUAUAACAGCCUGAUAUGAGGAAACUGAUAUGUUUUCCAAAGUUGAAUUUCAAAGACGGUUUGAUCCGUUUGAUUCGGACGUGGCUCAAACAUAUAAUGUUAUUUUAUGCAAAAAUGAUGUGAUAAAAGAGAAACCAGGAUGGACAGAGCUUACAGUAUGAAUAAUAUUCCUCUUAGUACUAAUGUCUUAUAGUUAUGACUGACAAACUUUAAUGCAGACAUUGAUGUGUUACUAUAAAACAAACUUGGUUAUUAUACAUUGAUUUUUAAAUGACUGAGAAUCAGCACUGACUGCUGUCUUCCCCUGUGAGCUCUUUGUUUGGACUAACAUAAGCUGUAAAACGGAGCUGCUGAAGUGUAACCCCAUAAAUACUGAAUGUAAAUAUUGUUUAUCUGCUUGUUUUAGCUACUCCAUUAUCAGAGUAUUCUGUUGCUUAUGUUUUUCUUGACAGACGUGGUUGGGCUGUUCAGGGUCAGGUGACUAUGUUGAGCUGCUGGGGGGAAACGGAGUAGACACCUCUAAGAUGUUCCCUGUCGCUGACCUCUGUUUCUCCCUCACUGGGCUUGGUGAGUAUCAGACCUUCUUCCAAUUAAGCUCUGGUGUAAAUCCUUGAGUUUCAGUUUCUUAUGUAAGCAAUAUUAAUCAAGGGUGAGUUGGAUGCUGUAUAUGUCAUUAGAUAUUUAUGUUUUGUGUAGUCUUGUGCUGAUGCUAAACAACAGCACAGCCUUGAGUAUGAUUUUACUGUGAUUCAAUAGUCCUAAAAGUGUAUAUACUGUUAAUGAUUCAUGCUAAAUUCUACUUUUUUCUCUGGAGAUGUGUCCAUGUUUGUAGUUAUUAAGAGAACAGCUGUUUAACAGGAGUGUUGAUGUGGUAUUAACUCACUGCAGAUAUAAACAAAAUUCUUAGUGUUGUUAUGAUGUUUUAUAUGUCAGCACUCAUGUAAUUCCUCUUGUCCAAUCAAAUUAAUUGUUAGGACUAAGUGUUGAAGUGUGUCUAAUGCUGCAAUGUGCUUCUCCUUAGCCUACUUAAAUUAGCCAGGCUGACCCUGUUUUUCAGCCUCCCUCUAGUUUGACUAAACGUUACUGUGUCACAGUUCAGCACAUUUCACCAUGUGUGUUGACAAAAACCCUCAAGUUUAAUUUUUCCAACAAUUUGGAUCAAAAUAUUGUGUAUCCCAAUUUUACAGCUAGAGGCCCUUUUAUCUGUCAGUGUGGACAGCUCAGAAUAUGCUGCCAAUAAGAAAUGUACUGUUUGCAGAUGUAGUCUUGGAUCCAGAAGCUUCAUUGAGGUUGUGCUUGGUUUUAUUUGGUCGAUGCUUCUGGUCUCCCCCUAUAUACAGACAGGUUUCCAAGCUGACUGAUUCAGGUCAGGCCAGUCUGAUGCCUGUUUGGCUUUUUUUUUAUCAAGGAAAUUUGGAAACAAUUGAAAUGUAUCGGGGUCACUGGUUCUUUGUGAUAGUUUGAGGUUAAUGCCUGAACAUAAUAAAUUAAAGCCAAAUUUUUACAGAAUUGGGAAAAAUCAGAGAAGAGCUGAUUUGAGUGACAGCUAGCUUUUAACAGGACAUUAAGGUCCCACAUCAACUCCACCGUCUGCUGGUUUCUGAGGCAGAAGCUAGUUGGAAUCAGCAUCUUUGGGAUGGGGACCAUAAUCUUUGGGCAGACCUCAUGGUCUGUACAGUGUGAAAUAACACUAGCUGGUAUUUAUUAAAAAAUAAACGGAGCACAUACAGACACUUACAGGCUUCUUGUGAGUGCUCUGGAGCGAGGUCUGUGUAGACUCAAUGCAAAGGUUAAGAUCAGGGUAAAUAAAAGCCGGCUUCACAAAAAAGCUCAGUAUGUGUGCGAGCGUACAGCCUUUAUGUUUCUUCUCUUUGCUCUUCCAGCUCAGAUGAAGAUUGGUUGUGAUAACUCAGUGGUGAGGCUGGUGUCCAGUGGGAACUAUGUCAACCGUGUUUCCUUUCAGUACCGACUACUGGAACAACAUGAGCUGCCCAAGAGCCCCGAGAACAGUCUGAAUAACUUCUGCAGUAUGGAGUGACCUCAAACAAACAAUCAUGCCAUUCAAAUCUCUGUAAAUACAUCAGUUUGACAAAUAGUAUCAUUAAUUUUGUAUUGUUUGUUAAUUAUCUAAGCUCUGAUAAGAUUAUAUUUAUGUGAAGAACUGUUGAUGAGGGCAGACUCAAAUGUUUCUUUUUUGCAGUUUGUCAUGUGACAUUAUUUUUCUUGGCAAGAACAUUAAUUUCAAACUUGGUUGUUAACAAGAAGUUUUACACCGCUGCUGUCUCUCCUGUUUAUAUGUCCCUGACAAUUUAAAAAUAAAUUUGUCUUGCAUGAUAAAGCA